CGCCCCGCGCGCGCAACUCUGCCGGCCGCCCCGCCCCGCCCGCGGCGCGCUCGCAGACCCCCGGGGCGGCUGCCCGAGAGAUGCUGGAAGAAACUUCUUAAAUGACCGCGUCCGGCUGCCCGCGGAGCAUUUCUGGGUUGGGGAGAGGAAAGGAAAGUGGAAAAAAACUGAGAACUUCCUGAUCCCUCUCGCUGUGAGACAUGUCUGAGACUCCUGCUCAGUGUAGCAUUAAGCAGGAACGAAUUUCAUAUACACCUCCAGAGAGCCCGGUGCCGAGUUACGCUUCCUCGACUCCACUUCAUGUUCCAGUGCCUCGAGCGCUUAGGAUGGAGGAAGACUCGAUCCGCCUGCCAGCGCACCUGCGCUUGCAGCCAAUCUACUGGAGCAGGGAUGACGUAGCCCAGUGGCUCAAGUGGGCUGAAAAUGAGUUUUCUUUAAGGCCAAUUGACAGCAACACAUUCGAAAUGAAUGGCAAGGCGCUCCUGCUGCUGACCAAAGAGGACUUCCGCUAUCGAUCUCCUCAUUCAGGUGAUGUGCUCUAUGAACUCCUUCAGCAUAUCCUGAAGCAGAGGAAACCUCGGAUUCUUUUCUCACCAUUCUUCCACCCUGGAAACUCUAUCCACACUCAGCCAGAGGUCCUACUGCAUCAGAACCACGAAGAAGAUAACUGUGUCCAGAGGACCCCCAGGCCAUCCGUGGAGAGCGUGCACCACAACCCUCCCACCAUUGAACUCUUGCACCGCCCUAGGUCACCCAUCACGACAAACCACCGGCCUUCUCCUGACCCCGAGCAGCGGCCCCUUCGAUCCCCCCUGGACAACAUGAUCCGCCGCCUCUCCCCAGCCGAGAGGGCCCAGGGACCGAGGCUCCACCAGGAGAACAACCACCAGGAGUCCUACCCCUUGUCAGUGUCUCCCAUGGAGAAUAAUCACUGCCCGCCAUCCUCCGAGUCCCACCCAAAGCCCUCCAGCCCCCGGCAGGAGAGCACCCGAGUGAUCCAGCUGAUGCCCAGUCCCAUCAUGCACCCUUUGAUCCUGAACCCCCGGCACUCCGUGGAUUUCAAACAGUCCAGGCUUUCUGAGGAUGGGCUGCACAGGGAAGGGAAACCCAUCAACCUCUCUCAUCGGGAAGACCUGGCCUACAUGAACCACAUCAUGGUCUCGGUGUCCCCGCCUGAAGAACACACUCUGCCCAUUGGGAGAAUAGCAGACUGUAGACUGCUUUGGGAUUACGUCUAUCAGUUGCUUUCUGACAGCCGGUACGAAAACUUCAUCCGAUGGGAGGACAAAGAAUCCAAAAUAUUCCGGAUAGUGGAUCCCAAUGGACUGGCUCGACUGUGGGGAAACCAUAAGAACAGAACAAACAUGACCUAUGAGAAAAUGUCCAGAGCCCUGCGCCACUACUACAAACUAAACAUUAUCAGGAAGGAGCCAGGACAAAGGCUUUUGUUCAGGUUUAUGAAAACCCCAGAUGAAAUCAUGAGUGGCCGAACAGAUCGACUGGAGCACCUUGAGUCCCAGGAGCUGGAUGAACAAAUAUACCAGGAGGACGAGUGCUGAAGGCAGCCACACGCCACCUGGGCGGGCUGAGGGCGAGGGAGCCCCUGCCCACCAGGAUCACUGGAGGCUUGAUAAAGCUGGUGGGCUGAGGCCGGCUGGAAAGGAAGAGACCCAGCGAUGGCAGGAACACUUCUCUUGCAGACCAAGAGGGACCCCAGAGCACCUUAGACAAACCACCCGGCAAAGGCGGGGCUGGAAUUCUGGCGGAGGGCACGAGCCUGGGACUCGCGAGUCACAUUUCCUUCUUUGGAAUCUGUCCACCUGUAAUUCCUCACCCUCACCCUUCCACCUGUUGUUAGUCUUAUGGUGUUUUUGUUUUUUGUUUUUUUUUUUAAGAACCUGCAGUUUGACUUUUCAUCGUUCAUAUAAGGGAAGACAUCGGAGGUUGUUUUCCUAUGGAAAUAUAUAUCUAUUAUAUAUAUAUUUUUUGCAAAUCUCACAAAGUACAGCCAGCCCAGCUGGUCAGGAAAGAAUACUUGCAGAAGGGAUCAGGUUCCUCUUUUUCCUGCCACGUGGAUCAGGUUUGUUUCUGUUGCAGUUGGGUCUUGGCUGAAAAAAGAAAAAAAAAAAAAAGAUGCUUUUAAAAAAUGAUCACACGAGAAGGAGAGCUCUCUUUUUCAUUCUUGCUCACCUUCCUUUUCUGGCUCCCCUGUGUCCCGCCCCCCCCAACCCCUCCGCCUGCUGUUGCACUUCACAUGCCUUUCAGCCGAGUUCAGUCUCCUGCAGAAUCUUGGGGAUUCUUGGCACCUAAAUAGAAUCAGUGACCUGGGUGCUUUGUGUCCAGCAGCCAAAAUUAGACCCCUAUGCCAGCAUCUGGCCACCCAUCUGAGGGAGGCCAGAACCCUCACAGAUGCUGCUGUACUCCAGAAAGAUAAGUGCUAUUCCAGCAGGCCGUCCCUGAGAUGACGGUGAGAACCAACCAGCUACAGCGUCAGAUAAGGCAAGUUGUUUGGAAGGCCCCCCCCCCCCCCCCCCCCGGCUGCUUGGGAUUAGCUUUGCAAGUGCUGCAAAUACAAAAAGACCACACAGGCCUGGCAGUCCAGAGACUGGGCAAAAAUAUUUCUACAGUGGAGAUUUGUUUUUGUGAAACAGGUUAUUGAAAAAGACAAGCUCCUCUCUGCUCCAUUCCAGAGGCCAUCUUGUGGUCAGUUUCCCACAGCACCUGAUCUCCCCACCGCCCACCCCCACUUCCUAGCCUUUUUAAAGUUUCCUGGUCCCCACUGAACACAGAACAUUUGUGAGGGGAGUACUCCAGAAUGGAGUCCCAGAUGCAGCCAGGGUCUGCCCGGCCUGGGCAGAAAGCAAGUUCCUCAGAUCCAUUACUUUCUCCUUCCUUCACCGUUGUAUUUCAGAACGGAUCCAUUCCUGGCUCUUUUUCACCUCUCAAAAUAAGGUUGGUAGUGUCUUACAAAAGGAGGGUCGUGCCAUCUUAGUACUUCUGUUGAUAACAGAUUUUUCAGAAAACUGUUUUUAGAUUUUUUUCUUCCUUUUCUAGCCAUCCACAUUAACUCUUCCAUUAUAGAUUCGAAUAUCCAAUUUGGGGAAUACCGUCUUUUUUAAUUCAGAAAAUUAGACCUGCCUUGAAAAGCACCCCCUCCCCAUUCCUCCCUGUUUCCUUGGCUCCUCCAUUGGGUUAGCGUCUCUCAGCUCUCUGAGGUACUUAUAUGCUCCACCAGCAGCAGUUCCCUGUGAAGCUGGCAGGCCCCAGGCUUGUCCUCCUGCCAUUUCUGAGUUGAGUUGGGGGCACACAAGCAAGAGGAAUUCCCCCUGGGCCUUACUGAAAAGGAUACCAGCCUGGGGUGGGGGGCAAUAGAUGAACUAUGGUUCACAGACACUGGAAUUGAGGAGCCGAUCUGGGCUCAUUAGUCUCGCUCUGUCCCUGCCUCUUACCAGACCACAGGUGGCGGCCAGCCUCCUCUUACUGUCACUUCCUUCCCCCAUUCUGCUUUCUGUGUGAGCCUAGAGGGCCUCAUUGUGAAGGGUUCAGUCUCAAUCUGCUUGAAGGGGGGUGUGAUUCUGCUGGAUUCCAGCAGCUGUGAAUGUCUUUCAAGAGUGUUCAGGUGAUAUAUUUUCAGCCUCUAAGAUGACUGGUACUAUAUCUCAAAUGGAGAGAUUAAGCCGAAUACCUGGUGUGAUCUGAAAGUCACCAAGUUUAAGAACUGGAGAGAAAGGAUGGACUUUUUACCGAGGUUCUUAUAUGAAUAUGAAAACAGACCAGGGCAUGAUGUUCCUCUUCCCUGAGAUGAGAACAUCUCAUUCUGGCCACUUUACCCAAGUUUCUGAACUCAGUCUCUUACCAUUCCAAGUCUUACAGAUGAAAAACGGAGGGAAAUGCCUUUUUGCCCCCUAGGAUUUCUGUAUUCAAGGCAAUAUCUUAUAAAUAUGUAAGACUUAGGAUGACUUCUCCAGCCACUUGAAGUAGAGAUGCUAAUUCCAAUAUAAUCUUAAUUUCCCAUUCCAACAUUGCCAAUAAUGAUGUUUUCUCUUGAUUCCCUUCACUUCAAAAGUCCUUGUUCUUUGAGAGAAGAGCUGGACAGUCCGAUACCAGAGUUACAGUAUUGAUGUACUGCAGAUCCUGAAGAUUUCACAUUCAAUUUAUCAAACCUCAGGGAAUCGCCUAACAGACAUUGUGAGGGAUUCAAAGAUGAACCAGGCACAAUCCCUCCCCUGAGAGUUUAGAUUCUACCUACAGGAUCGUCCAGCGUGAAAUUUCUCAGUUCAACACUAAGGACUAGCAGUGAUGAGAAUUUCACCCCAGACUAAAUUAAAAGUUCAUGUAUCAUCUGAA